AUGCCAAACAUUCUUAUCCUCGGCGCAACAGGCUACAUCGGCAGCGCACUCUCCCAAUCCCUCCUCCGGUCAGGAAACCGCCUCGUUUACGGCCACGCCCGCACCCCGGAGAAAGCUAAAGCUCUGCAACGAGAUGAGAUCACUUCAAUCCUCGCCCCAUCUCUCACCUCUCCCUCCCUCAUCAAUGCCAUCGCAACCCAUCGAAUUGAUAUCAUCGUCGACGUCGCCGGUGCCGAUAAAGAAACCUUCGACCUCCUCAACCUGGUAAAGAAAGCCGGAGCUGAGAGACUCGAGAAUGCUCAACGAGAGGGAGUAUUGGUGCCGAAGCUAGGCUUCAUCUACUGCUCUGGGACCUGGGUCCAUGGCUCCUCCCUCCUCCCAGUGAACGACCUCAUGCCAGUCGGAACAGCAAGCGCUCCGUUACCGCCGGCAGAACUCGUGGCUUGGCGCACUGGACUUGAGAAAGAGGUGCUUAACGCGAGGGAUGUGUUGGACGUUGCGAUUGUGAGGCCUGCACUGGUAUACGGUCGCUCAUCUGCUAUUUGGACCUCUCUCUUCUCACCCCUAUUGCAAGCUGCUCAGGGUCAAGGAGAGGGGAAUUCAGCCUCCUCGGCGGCGGUGAAGAUCCAAGCAGAUGAUGAUUCCAGACCAGGCCUGGUGCAUGUUGAUGAUGUGGCGUCUGGCUUCCACUGUGCGGUCGAUAAGUUGAGCAUGAUAGCUGGCACGGGUGUCUACCCUGUCUUUGAUUUACAGACGAGUCAGGAAGACAUGAGGGGCAUUUUGGGGGCCGCGGCGAGGGAGUUGGGGUGGAAGGGGGGAGUAGAGUUGGUUGGUGCUGGAGAGGAUUUGUUUACGAGGGCGAUGUGCACGACUGGGAAUUGUAGCAGUGGACGUGCGAAGAUUAUCUUGGGAUGGACACCGAGGAGGGAGGGGUUCGUGCAGGGGAUGGGGGUUUUUGUUAGGGCU